AUGUUUUUUACCAUCAAUUGACACAUCAGUUGAGAUAUAUUCUGAAAUUAAAGAAAAUAUUUUUUCCAAUAUAAAUUCUACCGUUUACAAAUUACAUUAACUUCACGGAGGUAAUGGCAACUAAAGUCGCAAGUAAAAAAUUCAAAUGGCAACUUGAUUUUGCUAACAGGUCUCGCAAUAAUUCUGAUAUUUCUUCGCCACCUGGUUUUAACACAUCUGCUGGUCAAGUUCACAGCGAGGUGGCCCGUGACAAUGACCAAAGUCAUCUUAUUUUGAAAAAAUCUUGGGACAUUGCGCUUGGUCCAAUCAAGCAGUUCCCAAUGAAUUUAUUAAUUAUGUAUAUGUCCGGGAAUUCAAUCAGUAUUUUCCCGAUCAUGAUGGUAGUGAUGAUGUUCAUUCGUCCUAUCAAGGCUGUUCUAUCAACUGGUGCCACUUUCAAAGUCAUUGAGGGAGUUCAAGCAACUGGCCAAAAGUUCGUGUAUUUCUUAGGAAAUUUGGUCAAUAUCGGUCUGGCGCUGUAUAAAUGCCACAGUAUGGGGCUUCUUCCUACGCAUGCUUCUGAUUGGCUUGCUUUCGUGGAACCACAGACUCGUCUAGAAUAUUCAGGAGGUGGUAUGUCACUUUCUUAGACAUAAUUGACAUUUCGUUUUAACGAGAAAUAUAUUUCUUCAAUUAAAAAUUAUCAACAAAACAUUCUAUUCCAAUCAAACACAAAUCGAA